AUGGCCGCGGCAGUUAUGCAGCCUGCGGCAUGGCUGCAGACAGAUGACCGUGCGGCGCUGGCACAGCGUAUUCAGGGCUUUGGCAAUGUGAAUCCUCCACCCUUGGAAGAGGACACGGCCAGCAAUGUGGCGAAGCGAGCGGUGCGGAACUUGGGUGACAUGGUCGGAGAGGAAGUGGCCAUGACCGUGCAGGAUUUCAAACAGAAGGGUGCAGUUGGAGCUGUCAAGGAUGCGGUGGCAGAUGCUGGCGACAUCUUGAUCGAUGGGGUCUCCGGCAUCGUUGGGUGGCUACGAGGCGACCCGCUGGAAGAAGAAGAAACCAAAGCCUCAGAGGAUGCCCAGAAAGUGCUGGCGAAUGGGCCCAGGGGAGCUGCUUAUGGCGUGUCCCAAGCCUCACCAUCCGGCGGCAUCAACGCAGUCUGGGUGAUGCCUGAGGAGGCGGAUCCUGCCACCUUGGCUGAGCUGGCCAGCAAGAGCGGCAAUCCACCAUAUGCGCCCUCCAACAUUCAGCCAUACCAGGCUCCAGGGCGUCCGAAUGCGAUGCCGCAGAUGCCACAAAUGCCACCACAAAUGCCGCAACGAUUGCCAAAUGGCAUCGAAAUUGCACCAUAUCAACCUGGAGGUGGCUUCCCCGCUCCAGGCGCUGGCGCCUUCCGGCCACCGGCCUUUGGCGCGCCAGGUGCCUUUCCUGGUGCUCCAGGACAAGCGGCACCCUUCGUGCCCGGUAUGUUUCCAGGUGCUCCUAACCCGGCAGGGUACGGCGCAUCAGCCAGCAGCGGUCCCAAAGGCCUCAUAGAACGUGUCGCAAAAGGAGAAACGUUGCCCGGAAAGGAGGUGGCUGGACGACUCGCAGGACAAUGCGUUUCUACCAAGGUCUCAGCCGUGCAACUUGGAGAGUUCGUGGCAGACCGGGUGCGAAGGCUCUAUUUGGGCCUGGACAAUGAUGGGGACGAAGGAUUGCUGAGAAUGUUGCAGCUAGUUGAUGCUAUGAAGAUGCAUGACAGCCCCAUCAUGAAAGAGGCAGUGAAGAAGAUCAAGGACACAGUGGGGGAAGAGUUUUUGUCUCUCAAGGCAUCCUCCAAGCACAAGGAAGUGGCCGUGCCCAUGCUCCAGCGUCUGAGUUUGUUGGGUGCCGAAUCUUUGCCAGAUCUUCUGGGCGAGGAACCUGCGGCAACAUCAAGCACUGUCGACCUACUGGGUGAUUCUGCACCACCAGCAUCUGCGAAUGCCUCCCAGACCAAGACGAUGAACCUGUUGGAUUUCUGA